AUUUACUUGUGAGGGUUUUCUUCUUUUUUGUGAGACUGAAAAGCUUAGCAUGUUGACAAGUUUCAGGUACGCAUUUUUUACUUUUGUGACAGCUAUCCCAAACCUGCAGUAUGUACUUGUAAAUAAAUAGCAUUUUCUCGCCAAUGAAACUGGUUGAAAGAAAAACCCCAAAAGUGUCAGGCAUACACAAGGAACUUUAGCUUCCCUUCCAAGAGAGGUCAGAAUGUGACUGUAUUUAAAAAGUAAACAAACAACAACCCCAAAGCCAGAGUGUUUUAAGAAUGAAUUAUCUUUUACUCAUGAGAUUGAGCUUUCUAGUGUAUGAAGCAGUAACCAGCAUCACUGCCUUUUGGACUGGAAGUGCAUUACAGUGACUGGAGAACUGUUAUGUGCUGCAGUCACUCCAGUCUCAAGAGGAGCUGGACCAUUACCAGAGGUGCUCAGUGAAGGCUGCAGUCUCAAACUCCUCUGCUGGGCAUUCCAGUAGGACAUAAAGAAGAAACCUAAAGUUUCACUGUUAGAGUAGUUGAGCAAUGGAAUGAGUUUUUCAGAGAAACUCAGGCAUCUCUAUUGCUGGAGGUCUUCAAAACUCAGCAGGGACCUCAGCAACCUGGUUGAACUUUGAAGUUAGCACUACUUUGAAAAUGUCUACUCUAAACCCAAUGUCAGAAAGUCACUUCCCCCUAAAUUUUUCUUGGGAUAUUUAAGAUUUUUAAUAAACUAUUCACAGUGUUCUCUGUAAAAAAUUGUUUAUUCUGAACUUCUACUUCUGAAAUCAGCAUGCUAUAAAGUAAUAUGUAUUAUGCAAUAUGUUCAUGCAGGAUCUCUUGUUCUUUAGUCCAUUUUAAGUUAAAUUAAGUGUUGAAUUUACACAACUUUGUCAAUUAAGAGAAGUGGUUUGACAGUCUUCAUAGAAGCAUAUGAGGUCUUUUUUAAAACAGUGAGCUGUUUGCUUUGCAAGUGACUGGAGAGCCUGCACAGCAAAUGGGAUCUUUACAGUGUUGGCUGCGACACUUUUUCUAGUAUGAGAAAUGGGCACUUGGUACUUGCCUUCUGCUUCAAGGAACUGUAAAUGCAAACAUGAGCCCACACAAAAGAGCAGAUUAUAGGCUUCAUAUCCUAUUUGUGAUAUAUUUAUGCAACUAAGUUUUUUUAUUUUUAAAAGAUUACUUUUCUAGAAUUUUCAUUGACUGUUGUAGUGAUAUAGAGUUGAAAAGGCAGAGCUCAGAUGUUCAGGAUUGAUAUUUUUGACUACCUGUUUGCAUAUAUUCUGCUCUAACUGCUUCCCCAUACGUUUUAGUUUAGAUGCUUUGUGCUUUAGCAUUUUAAACCCUUUUAGAGGAUGUCACUAUCCCAGUUCCUAAUCCUGUUAACUGUUGUCUGUUUCUUUUGCCCUUCCUUCACUGAUGAUUCCUGUGUUCCUUAAUGCAGUGUCAUUGGACAACCAGCCUAUGCUGCAUUACAUUCGAGAUAAAACUGCAGUUCCUUAUUUCUCCAACCUCGUCUGGUUUAUUGGCAGCCACGUGAUAGAGCUGGAUAACUGCGUGCAGACUGAUGAAGAGCACAGAAAUAGGGGCAAACUGAGUGACCUGGUAGCAGAACAUCUUGAUCAUUUGCAUUACCUGAAUGAUAUCCUUAUCAUUAACUGUGAAUUUUUAAAUGAUGUGCUGACAGACCACCUACUUAAUAGGCUCUUUCUUCCCCUCUACGUGUAUUCAUUAGUAAAUCAAGACAAGGGUGGAGAGCGUCCAAAAAUAAGUCUCCAGGUUUCCCUCUAUCUUCUUUCUCAAGUUUUUCUGAUUAUACAUUAUGCUCCUUUGGUGAACUCCUUGGCUGAGGUUAUACUCAAUGGGGACCUCUCAGUGUUUUCUUCUAAGAUUGAGCAAGAUAUACAGAAAAACUCAGCAAAGUCAAGUAUCAGAUGUUUCAUAAAACCCACAGAAUCACUUGAGAGGUCUCUUGAAAUUAACAAACAGAAAGGGAAGAAGAGGAUGCAGAAAAGACCCAACUAUAAAAAUGUUGGUGAAGAAGAUGAAGAGGAGAGAGGCUCUGAGGACAACCAAGAUGACCUUGAUAAAAGUAAAGGUACAGAAGGAAGUUCAAAGGGUGUAAGAAUGAGCACCGAAAAUGAAGAAAUAGAGAUGGUGAUCAUGGAAAGGUGUAAGCUGUCAGAGCUGUCUAUCUCUGCUGUGACAGAACAGAAUACAACAGAUGAAGAAAAGAGUGCAGCUGCUUCUGGGAGUGAGAUGACAAACUGGAACAGGCCUUUUCUUGAUAUGGUCUAUAAUGCACUGGACUGUCCUGAAGAUGAUUACUAUGCCCUCUUUGUGCUCUGUCUUUUAUAUGCAAUGUCACACAACAAAGGACUUGACUCAGUCAAGCUGGAGAGAAUUCAACUUCCAGCUCAACAUUCUGAAGAGAGAAAUUCGUACAAUCAUGUCCUUGCAGAAGGGCUUAUCAGGAUAAUGAAUUAUGCUGCACAACCAGAUGGGAAAAUUCGUUUGGCAACUUUAGAACUUGGCUGCCUAUUGCUGAAGCAGCUUGUGUUUUCCAAAAAUGGCAGGAUCAUAAAAAGUGUUCACCUUGAUUGUCUUGAGGGUGCAAGGGAGGAAAGUGUUCAUCUCCUUCGUCGCUUCUAUAAGGGAGAAGAGAUCUUUCUGGAUAUGUUUGAAGAUGAAUACCGGAGUAUGACAAUGAAACCUAUGAAUGUAGAAUACUUGAUGAUGGAUGCCUCAAUCUUGCUACCCCCAACGGGGACACCUCUGACUGGGAUUGAUUUUGUGAAAAGGUUGCCUUGUGGAGAUGUGGAAAGAACACGAAGGGCAAUCAGAGUUUUCUUUAUGCUCCGUUCGCUGUCGCUGCACUUGCAAGGUGAGCUGGAAACUCAGUUACCACUCACGAGGGAGGGAGAUCUGAUAAAGGCAGAUGAUGUUCUGGAUUUGAAUAACAGUGAUCUGAUUGCUUGCACAGUUGUAACAAAGGAUGGGGGUCAAGUUCAAAGAUUCCUGGCUGUGGAUAUUUACCAGAUGAGUUUGGUUGAACCAGAUGUUGCCAGACUCGGAUGGGGAGUAGUUAAGUUUGCAGGCCUUCUGCAGGAUAUGCAGGUGACUGGAGUAGAGGAUGACAGCAGAGCCCUGAACAUAAUCAUUCACAAGCCUGCCUCCAGCCCUCACUCGAAGCCCUUCCCCAUCCUCCAGGCCACGUUUAUUUUUGCGGAUCACAUUCGCUGCAUCAUCGCCAAGCAGCGCCUGGCCAAAGGCCGCAUCCAGGCUCGGCGCACCAAAAUGCAGAGGAUAGCAGCUCUCCUGGAUCUUCCUGUUCAGCCUUCAACUGAAGUUAUGGGUUUUGGACACAGCUCUGGAGCUGCAGCCCAGCACCUCCCAUUUAGAUUCUAUGACCAGUCCCGGCGUGGGAGCAGUGACCCCACAGUGCAGCGCUCUGUCUUUGCAUCUGUUGACAAAGUCCCAGGCUUUGCUGUAGCCCAGUGCAUCAAUCAGCACAAUCCAUCCCCACUGUCAUCACCAUCCCCUUCCAGCGGCAGUGGCAGUACAGGGCGCUGUGAUUCAGUGACUGCAAGCUCGACGUCCACUCCUUCUGCUGCUCAGAGCCCAGCAGAUGAUGCUUCAGCUCCAGAGCAGCCUCUGACGGCCAGUUCCAGUCAGACGAUGUUGACUGAUGAAACUCUUUCAGCUGUUUCAAAGUCCAGCAGAAAUGCUGUAAAAGGCAGUGACAUAGAAACAGCCAACCUGUCUCCCAGCCUGAUUCCUGCACAGCAGCCCACGAUAUCCCUACUCACAGAUGACAGCACGGACACGCUGAGCGUGGAGUCGCUCACGCUGGUGCCCCCAGUGGAUCCACACAGCAUUCGAACCUUCAGCUGCAUCCCUCAGGCCUCUCUGCAGUCUGAAACGGAGCUUGACAAGGUGAAAGAGGUAGAGGAAGAAUCUUCUGACUAAAGCCACCAUGCAGACUGUAAUAAACAGUGAAGGAAGUGCAACCAAAUUGUGAUUGUUUUUCCUCUGGGAGUGCAGAUACUUCUGGAGGCCUGAGAGGCCUCAGGUCCACAUGAAGGGACCAAGUGGUGACAGAGAAUGUCAGCAGUUUUUAGAGCCAACAUCAGAUACUCAGCAUAUCUGAACUGGGUAAGAGAGAAAAACCCAAACUUUUGAAUCUGGAUUGGUUCUUUCCUACCAGUUUCUCUUAUACAAGAAUAUGGACAUAUUUCAGAGGACCUACUGUCUUUCUAAUAGGAACUAAUUAAUUGUAAAAGGUCUACAGUAUUAUGGCAAAGUGAAGAGACUUUUGGAUACCCAGCUUCAUGGUACUGCAUUACUACGUCUCUGAAACGGGAGACAUGCCAUUGACCAGAAAAAAAUUAUAUAUUAUAGGACAGAGGUAACACUUCCAUUUGAGUCAGGGUGUGUUUUAUCAGUUUGGUUUGGGGUUUUAUUUGUGGAAGAGGGGUUUUGGGGUUUUAUUUGGUUUGGGUUUGUUUUUGGGUUUUUUUAUUGGUUGUUUUGGUUUUUGGUUUUUUUUUAAUCCUGAUCUUGUUCAUCUUUUGGAGAUCUGCACAAUACCAGCAGGCUUGGCCACAUUCAGUAUUGUCUUUGUAGGACUCCAGACUUAAAUAUUAUGUUUUCCAUAUGUAAUAUUUAUUUCAAGGUUUGAUUCAAAGUUAAAACACAAUGUUUGUUCAAAUUAACAUAAGGGAUUUUUGAGACUACUUUAGUCUUUGCUUAGCCACCUAGAAAGGAAUGUAAAAUAUUUUAAAAGAUUGCUAUAGCUUGUUUGUUCACUUCUGACAGUCAAAUUGCUACACAUCUGAGGAAUGGUGAUAUCCCUGCAACUGAACAACAACUUCAAGAAGCAGACAGAAGCAGUUUUACUUUAAAGAGGUUUUUCAAAUUUUUCAUACUCAUGUAGGAAGAAAGUCACCAUAUCUAACUGAUAAUUCCUUUGCAAGUCUGAUCUUGAAAGGUAUUGUGUUUUUUUUUUUCCUGUCUGGGAUAGUAGCCCAGUUAAACAACAUUGCUACAUAAAAGUGUUAACAUUACUUCCUAGAUCCUGACACCAAGUUGACAGAAAAGGGAAAGAUAUUUCUUAAAGUUUGGAAUGUGCUUUGCUGAUUUGAUACAUAAUUUAACAUGAAAGGAAUUUAAGAUUUUUCAUCAAUUUCCAAGUAAGUUAAUUUAAAUUAAUAGUAAAAUGAGUAGCUUGUCAUUGCUGGUCUAUUCUUAACACUGAGCUGGCAGUUCCUCAGAGCAGGACUGCUGUUUACUUGGUAUUGAUUUCAGUCACACUGCAGUCUGUGUCCUCAUUCUGUCUCUACUGGCAUUGAGUUCUUACCAAACGGGUGAACCUGCAAAGUUUUUACACUUCCCAGUUGCUUAUUGAACCUCUUUCUGGCUGUCAUAUGGAAUACUUGAAGUGAUUUUUCAGUGAUACCUCUCUGUGUGUGUGUGUAUAUAUGUGUAUAUAUGUAUAUAUACACACAUGUAUAGAUAUAUAUGUGUGUAUAUGUGUAUAUAUGAGAUUGACUAAUUCACAGGUACCACUUUUCUCACUUUUUCUGUCUUCUCCUUCACAUAAUAAUUGAAUCUUUGCCCACUGGAUAUAUGAGGUGUCUGCUACUGAAUGCCAGUAAUUUUUUCCCCCUGUUAACUUUUUCAUGCAGUUUUGAUUUCUAAUUUUCUGUGAUUUCUACUUUAUCUCAAAUUGAAUUAACUGAUACUCUGACCAUUCCAGAGUGGCCCAGACUCUAAAUGAACUCAGAGCUGGGUGUCCUCAGCACUGCAGUGGAUUUUGUGUGAAAAUCUCACAUUACUGGAAUAAGAGCCUACUUUUUUGGAUUUUUUUGGUCUCAUGCUGAAGAUGUAUUUGCACUCAUGCAGUCACUAUUGCAGCUAAUGUGCAUGUACCUGAACAAGCACAUCAGUAGCAAUCUGGGCACAAGAACCACAUGAAUUUUUAUUAGCUGAAGUGAUUGCAGUCUAGACUUUCUCUAAAAUGGUACAGCAUUACACUGUAGUCUGAGUAAUAUUCUGAAGACCAUUAUAAAAAAAUGCCUCACUUAAUUAGAAAGCAUUUUAUGUUCGUUAUUAACCUUAAAUUCUUGACCUGGAUUACACAAAAUACCACUGUGCAGGCUCAGUUCCCUUAAAUAGGAUUCAUUUUAGACUGGAAAACCUUGAUCUUUAUUUAUCUCAUUUCAAAUUCAGUUCUAGCAAGAUUAGACCCAUUCACAAGGAGUCUCUUCAAUGCAUGUGAAUAAUCUCACCCUUGAGCUGUACUGCACAAGAAAUGGGGCAAGGAAAAGGAAGGUGACUUUGUGCUUUUCAUUACCUUUGAGUGGCUUUUAAAUCUCUUGAUCACUUGUUUAGUGAGAGCUUCACAGGAAAUAAUUUAGAUGCUUUAUUAGGAAAAUAGAAUAAUAGGUUUGCUGUUAAUUUGUGAUUACUUCAAGCAAUGCAGGAAUUCAGUAAUUGCCCUGGAAUUGAGUGUCAUUUCACUAGCAGUAAAAUAAACUUUAUGCUUGAAGAAGCUACCAGACAAGCAGGUUAAACUGAGUGUAAGGAUGAAGCCACUAAGAGCAAACAUGUCACUGCUGUGGUGCUGUCACUCUGGGGCAAUCAGUCACUCCCCUGCAGGGCACAGGGAGCCCCAGAAUAGCCUCAGGAGCAGUGGCACUGACCACCAGGGAAUUGCAGUCACAAAACCUUUACCAAGCUAAACAUCCUGCUCUUGUCUCCACUAACCAGCUGAAGUUAAACUUGCUUUUAAAAGAGCAUUGCCCAGGCAGGCAGCUGCUGCCUGGGAAAAUAAAUGGUUUAGUCCUGUAGUUGAAUCAGAGAUCUGCAGAGACAUCAGCUGGGGGCAGGGAGACUGAGGCCUUUUGCCUCCAAGGUAAUUAGUUUCCUUCUUUCAGACAGCCUAAUGUAGCCAUCUAAAUAUAUGUUGAAAAUUCUCUUCUUAACUGCUACUGUCCUUCUUAAAAGAGUUUUUUGGUGUGUCCCUGAUUCACCACCACUGCCCUACCCUGGGAUAUCAUUCACCUGGGCACUGCUCUUUAUUAUCUAGCAAUCUUUGGAGAAGUUCUGUGCUUGCCUGCUGUGUUUCUCUUGACCUUUCCCAACUUUUUCAGCAUGAAUUAGAAACAAAUAGAAUAACUCUUCCCAUCUCCCAUUGGAUUCUGAAAAGCAGAGGGUGAUCCAAGCAGGGCUUGCUAGGGUGGGAUGUUUUUAGGGGUUGGGAGGGGAGUAGUUCUUGGGGGCUUUUCUGCUGCUCAGUACUUGAGCAGCAACAAAGACAUAGGAGAAGCAGUUCAUGACUGAGUCUCAAACAGAGGGUUCUUUCAUAUGGAAACAUAUUUUUAUAUUGCAUUUGUACAGAAUUUUCCCUAUUUUGAUCUCCCAGCAUUUUUAGAUUUGCACGUUGCUCAGAUUUGAUUUCUUUUGCAAGGUAUUAUAAAAUAUAUAUUUUGUGUUUGUUAAUGUAUUAUAAAUGUAAAGCUAAAUUUUGGUUGUCUAAUAAAUGUGCACUGUGGUGGUAUCUGGUUUAUUGUUUUGUUAACUUGAAUUGUUCGGUUCUUAAUAUGAAAAGGAAAAACUUGUCAUUGUUGGGGCUGUCUUGUUACCAUAAAUAAAUGUGUGGAGUGCAUUUAUUUUAAAAGUAACUAAAAAUGGCUUAAGCAGGUAAUGAUUAAGAAUACUUGAUAACAAAAGUUAAGGUCCAGACUAGUUCACAGGAUUCUUUUAAGAUCGUUAUCUGAAGAUUCAUGAGAUUUUUAUCUUGUUUCCCAUUACUUUUGGUUGUGGAUACUCAUACUCAAGUGACUUUAAGACACAUAGUAAUUGCAAUCUGAUAGCAUUUAUGAGAAGAUCUGAGGGUUAGUGUUUGGCUGUAUUUAAGGACUAACUGUGGCAGAAGUAUUUACAAUGAACAUGAAGAUAAUUUUUUUACAGAUUGAGAAUCGAUUCAAGUGUGCAAAUUUAUAGACUAUUACAAUGUCUAGGAGCUUUGUUUUGUCCAGAGACAGCACUAACUAUACAUUGUCACAACUUCAGGAAACCCUCUGGAAACAUUACAAACUUUAGAAGAUCAUUUUAGGCAUCUCCACUUGUAAAUAGCUGUGUUGAUAUUUUUGUUGCAAACUUUUUCCUUCAUUUUUAGCUGCUUUGUAAGUUUGAUUGUUUUCAGUGCAAAGAGGUGGAAAUGUAUUUUUCUAGAAGAAUGAAUGUACCUGGGAUUUAAGCACUACAAAAAGCAUUUAAUGAACAUGGACUGCCUUCCUAUGAAAUAUAUUUCAGUAAAGUUGUCUGAAAUGUAGUUCAUUUGAGAAAAAAAGUCCUGAACAUGCACUUACAUUUACAUGGAAAAAAGCCCAAACAUGGUGUGAAUUAAAUUCUGAAAUGUCUUUCUACAGGCAAUAAGUAUUAAUUAUUUAAUGUAAGUUAAGUUAGACGUUUGGAGUAAAUGUGAUAUCUUAUGUUAAUUUAAAGAACAAUGUAACUAAGCAUCUGGGAAGGGAGUGGAAUUAGAAAAAAUUGGUGUAUGUUUCUGAAAUCCAGACUUCUCAGUCUGUAUUUGCUGGCAUUGAGAAUUUGUUGCGGCUAUUGAAAACCUGGACAAGAACAAGGAAUAGACCUUUCUUUGUAAAUGGAACUUGGCAAUAAAAAUGGUGUUACUAAGAAAA